AGUAAAACGGGCUGCUCUAUCCUCCCCUUAUUACACCAAUAAUCACUCAAAGAUUCAAGUGCUAUUUAACCAAGUCUCUGUUUCGUAUAAUUUUCACGCUUGCUUUGGAUCCUUUUUAAGAAAAAUCUCCCAAGAACAAGAUCACAACAUAGUUAGAGAGACAUUAUAAUAAAAUUAUCCAAAUUUAUGAUCAUGGCCUCCUCCUUCUUCAUCAGCUAUCCCCUAUUUGCUAGCUUGUUAUCUCUGAGCUUUGGGUUUGAACGAAAAGUAGGCACCAAUGCAGCCAGCCGCCUUCAAAACUAUCACGCUGUUCCCAUCUCCUCUCUAUUUCCGUCGACCAUCUGCAGCCCCUCUACUAAAGUGAAUAACAAGAGAAAAUCAUUGAAAUUAGUAGACAAGUAUGGUCCGUGCUCUCCACUCUACCAAGACAAAACCAUUAAGCGACCAACAAAGGUUGAAAUCCUCCAGCUUGAUCAAGCCCGUGUUAAGUCAAUCCAAUCUCUUCUUUCCAAUAAAUCCAUAGAAACCGAAGCCAUUAAUGUUCCAGUGGAUUUGGGCCGCCACCAUUGGAACACUAGUAACUACAUCGUAACGGUGGGACUAGGCACACCAAAAAGAGAUUUAACUCUCGAAAUUGACACCGCCAUCGAUAUUACUUGGACCCAGUGUAUGCCAUGCAGCAAUUGCUAUAAACAACGAGAACCGCUAUUUGACCCUUCCGAGUCAACCUCAUAUUCCAACAUUUCCUGUAGCUCUCGGUUAUGCUCGCAGAAAUUAACUGGUAAAAGGCAAAGUUGUUAUUCUCCGACAUCCCCAUGCAUGUACACAAGAAGUUAUGGUGACGGAUCGCAAACAACUGGAUACUUGAGCAGAGAAACAAUCACAUUAAGGCAAUACGACAACCAGGUGUUGGAAGAUUUCCUCUUUGGCUGCGGGGUAAACAAUGGUGGUGUUUUUGGGCUUUCUGCCGGGUUGCUGGGCUUGAGUCGGGGCAAACUCUCUUUCGUCGAACAGUCCGCCCAGAAAUACAACCGCACGUUCUCUUACUGCCUACCAACCAGCUCCAGCUCAUCUGGAUUCUUAACUUUUGGCAAAGAUGUCGACAAAGCUGCUUCCGCCGAUGUGAAAUACAUCCCACUAACCACAGUUUCCGAAUACUUUUACGGCGUAAAAUUGGACGAUAUUAUUUUAGAUGGCAUUCCAUUAGGGAUUUCACCAGUUAAUCUUUUUUCAUCCCCUGGCACCGUUAUUGAUUCUGGAACUGUCAUAACUCGUUUGCCGGAGACUGCAUACCGCGAUUUGCGAUUUGAAUUUCGUAGAUACAUGGAAUUUCAAGGUUAUACAUUGAUAUCACCAAUCAGUAUACGGGAUACUUGCUAUGACUUGAACUUUAUAACAAAGGUGCACUUGCCAAUAAUAAGCUUUCUGUUUGCUGAUGGAACUAUGGUGGAGUUGGAUCCAAAUGGCAUAUUUUAUGUAUUCAGACUUUAUCGCCAGGGUUGUUUGGCGUUUGCUGGAUUCCCUGACUAUACUGGGCAUACUAUCUUGGGGAAUACCAUUCAGAGAACAAUGGAAGUGGUAUAUGAUAUUGAUGGAGGCAGAAUUGGUUUUCGCUCUUAUGCCUGUGAAUAA